AGUUUGCUGAAGUUUCCGCCCUGGAUCAGCCCCUGCCCUGCUGAUUUACGGCUAAACUAUGCAUUAGAUGAGGGUGUUUUUGUGUUUCUGACUGAAAACAGGUUGGGCCACUUUUCUGUGUUUCUAUUUGAACCACUAGAGGAGCUCUUUCGUGCUCUCGUCGUAGUCGGUGUCCGGGACUUCGCCGUGGAUUUUCACUUGAAUGUAUCAGCUAGCGUGAUGAUGCUAAGCUAGCUGUCAGCCCAGGCAUCCACGGGUCUCGCCGCCGAGUUUAGCUGCCGGAUGCUCCCGGUCGUAUCCUACUGGUCGUCUUGACAUUCCCUCAACAUUCCCGGACGAAUUCGUGUCGACUGCCCAGAGUCCGCGAAUUCAGGUCCAUUCCUGAUCGAACCUUUUCCCCGCUAGCCUAACUUAGCUCGCCGGCUAACGAGGGUGCAGACUCGAAGAACCGGACUGACGAGGUGAGUUAGCAUGAGCGGCUAGCGGAAUUUACGGCUCAGGGAGCGGCUAUCUACUCGAGUAAAGGCAUCCCUAACGAAGAAAAAACGAGGUGUGAUGUGGUAAAAGAAGGCCUGCUGGUGAAUUCAUGCUCAGAAACACAUAUUUAAUUCUCUCGGUUUACCAGUGAGUCUGCAAGGCCCGCGAAACACCGGCGAGCUGUUAGCAUUAGCUGUUAGCAGUUAGUCCACCCUGAUAGGAUCGGUGGGAGUCAGUUUACUGGGAAAAACUAACCGAGUCAUGAUUAUAUUAGAGUUACCUACAAAGUAAAGCAACUCCGGGUCUGAAAAUCAUUUAAUAAAACAUGCCACUAAAAAUAAACUGAUAAUAAGGUGGAAUUAAGGUUGCUAAUGUUAGCUUGAUGAUUUUAUUUAGCUAACAAAACGUUAUGGUUGGUUUAUUAAAGGAGUAUUUCGCAUUAUUUAAUCAGUGUAUUCUAGACAACACCUCCUGUAGAAGGGUGUCUCCAACAUCAUGGUUAGAAACAGAACAGUGAGCCUGUCUUCGAAGUUACUGAAUAUUUAAUUUUUUUUACAGCCGACAGGAGCAAAGUUCAGAUGACUUUGUCGCUCCUCUCUACUGCUGAACUAAGUUUUUGUUGUUGUGUGACUUCGCAGAGUUCCACUUAAGGACCACACCCAGACAACAUGUCCCUUCAUCAGUUUCUGUUGGAACCCAUCACCUGCCACGCGUGGAACCGCGACAGGACACGUAAGUCUUCGAUAACACCCUAUAGGUCUGUGUAUUAUUAUCCGUCCAUUCAAUUAUUCCAUUCAGUAUUGUAAAUGAAAAAUGAGGGAAAAGAGUCAAUAUUUUGUCAAUUUGUUUUUCUGUUUAACCAAAAAGAAAAAAAAAGUGUUUGUUUUCGCAUUUUCAGCUCAUAACAUGAAUAUAUAAUAGAGAAGGAAAUGAAAAUGAAAUAAUAAAUCUAAUUUACAAUUAUUAAUUUUGAGUGCGCCUGUUUUGAGUAUACGUCAUAGACUGUAUAUACUAUGGACAACUUGGUUCCGCCUCCCGUCAGUAUACAGAUUUGAAGCCAAAAAGCUCUCGGUAUUUCGAAGAUUUCUCUUCAUUUCCUGAAACCAACAUCGCUCAGUAGCAUUAUGCGCAUUCGGCGGGAGAGUUGCUGUGAUGACGCUCGGCUCAAACAGCGUAUCCCCCUGGUGAGCUAUGCAAUUUGAAAAACAAGUAAACAAAAUAUUGACCUGUUUUUUAGUUUUUCUUUCACUAAAUUGAAUGGAAUAAUUGAAUGGACGGAUAAUACACAGACCCAUCCCUCAUUUGAAUGAACCACCACCAACUCUUACUCUAAAUACCAGGCCUGAAUGGUGACUGUGGUGCCAUUAAUUACCAAUACUAAAGCUGAUGUGGAGUUUCAGCCCUAAAAUUACACUAUUCCAUGCACUAUUUUCUUUCUCUUUUUUUUUUGACAUAAUAUUUAGUUUUAUUUUCAUGUGAUCACACAUAAAUCAUAUUAACACAUAAAUUCAAGAUAAAGCAGAAAGAAGAGAAAAAAAAAAGUGCAACGUAACCCUUAAUUCAAGACGAGCACCCAAGUAUACAUAUUUACAAGAGUACGUAUGCAUAUACACACAGACUAUUUUCAAGAUUGUUAAACUUGGAUUUAAAGUGUAUAAGGAUGGACCCUGAAAUAGUUAAAAAAUCGACCCUGAACAUGUUGUUUAUUAUUUAUAGUCAUCCUCUGUUUUUAUCAUUUUCAAAUUUUUUAAGGCCUGUCCACAUCUUCAGUAAAUACCUUAAAUUCUCUAAUAGGGAUGCACAAAAAAUCUCUGCUGAUGUCCUAUAUGUUCACAUUUUUUCUCAUUUUCUCUGAUACUGUUAAACACAACUAGCUCUAUAUGUAACUAUAAACACCAGUUUAAUUUAAUCUAGUUAAACAGCUCUUUUAUAAAUCACACUUUUUUUGCUGGCAUGAUCAAACAGGUGAUUUUUUUGGGUGGUGGUGGUGUACUGGAGUGUGUUAAAUUGAAAUAUGUUCUUGUAUAUUGGGAUCUCCCUUACCAAGCCUGAGGGGAGUGUAAUAUAAGGAGCAUGUUCAGGUUUGUGCGCUCUAGUACACCGCCGAGGGAUGAUUUAAAGACCAAUCCUCACCUGUCUGACUGUGUAAAAAAUAUAAAUAUAGAAACCUUGCUGAAAAAGAAUUAUUGAUAGAACUGUCAUAUUGGGUUACACUAGGUUUCUCAUGUGUUUGUAAUGUGGCAGGUCAGUGUAUAUAUAUAUAUGUACCCACCUUUUUUUCAUUGUAUGGAAUAGCGAGUAUCUCCUCAGCUAGAAUUCAUCUGUCAGUCAUAUUGUUGCAGCGUAGACCAUCACCUGCUGAUAUCCAUGUUAUGACUUUAUUGUUGACUCUACAACCAUUUCGCCCUUGUAGCGGUCUCUUCUGCAGCUGUAUCUGUCUGAGCACCUGUGCACCUUUUAUUGCACUAUUUUUGUUCUUUUUGUAUUCAAUAAAAAUGUUAAAUUUAAGUAGUAGUCAAGAUGUUAGUGUUUAAGUUUUUGUGCUACCUUUUAUUGAACUUGUCCCUCUGCACACACUUGACUGAUAAAUCUGAUUUAAAGAGUGAUUUUAAUUAUUUCAGCUCAAGUUUAGAUAGAAAAAUAAAAUACGUACGUCUCUAAAACCUGCUUCUUUUUAAUCUCCUCUCCCUCCAGAAAUCGCCAUCAGUCCCAAUAACCAUGAAGUCCAUAUCUACAAGAAGAGUGGUAACCAGUGGGUUAAGACUCAUGAACUGAAGGAGCACAAUGGACACAUAACAGGUACUUCUCACCCUCAUUGUCAGUGAAUAAUGGGAUGUUUCAUUUCUUUGUGUCCCUGUGACAAACCCUGACUCAUUCUAAACAAGAGCGGAUUAAACCACCAUUGUUCAUUCGAUUCACUUCAUUCCCAGGAAUCUUACUGGUAUUUUCUUGAACUUAGUGGUUGUAACGACGGUCAGUCAGUGACGACUCUUCCUGUGUGUUUACAGGUAUCGACUGGGCUCCCAAAAGUGACCGUAUAGUGACAUGUGGAGCAGACCGUAACGCCUACGUGUGGUCCCAGAAAGAGGGGGUAUGGAAGCCCACACUGGUCAUCCUCAGGAUCAACCGAGCAGCCACCUUCGUCAAGUGGUCCCCACUGGAGAACAAGUUUGCAGUGGGCAGCGGUGCUCGACUCAUCUCUGUCUGCUACUUUGAGUCUGAGAACGACUGGUGAGAGUUUUUAGGAAAUCUUGAUUUCUGCUUUUAAAUAUGACAUCUGUGGAAACUUUUAAGAGUAUCAAUCAGUUCUUUUAACACCUUUUUGUAUUUUAAAAAAAAAAGUGUUUUUAUUUACAGUAUCUCCUUUAGACACAUUGACAACCCUGAAGUUUUUCCUUUCAUCCCCUGGUUGAAUCUGUCAACAAAGAUCCAGUCCAGCAGUAGAAAGAUUUACGACUCUAAACACUGAACCACUCGGUCUUAUUCAUUCUGGCCCAUGAAAUGUAGACAAUAAAGACAGAAGUGAAGUUUUGGUGAACUUCUAAAAUUGUUCCCGUCUCUGAGCCGUGGAUUUGUUCUUGUAUGCAGUAGAAGUUUUUUUUAUGAACACAUCUGCGGGUGUUUUUUAUUUAAUUUUAUUGUUUUUAAUGUUUCAGGUGGGUGAGCAAGCACAUCAAGAAGCCCAUCCGCUCCACCAUCCUCAGCCUGGACUGGCAUCCCAACAACAUCUUGCUGGCUGCUGGAUCCUGUGACUUCAAAUGCAGGUGAGAAAAAAACGAAUGACUGCUCGAAAUCCUCCCAUCAUUCUCGCUCUUUUUUUUUUUGCUUAUUCCAUACUCACGUUUUUUUCCUGCUCUUCUCUUCUCUUCUCACCCCUCCCCCUCGGGCCUCCAGGGUGUUCUCAGCCUACAUUAAGGAGGUGGAAGAGAAACCAGGCCCCACACCCUGGGGCAGCAAGAUGCCAUUUGGGGCUGUGUUAGCAGAAUUUGGAGGAGCGGGUCUGUAUCCGUGUCUUUGUGUACGACAGUAAAAAUGCUCUUUCCUACAGAGUCCCUUUAGUCUAAUUGGAUCUGCUCUUUCAUGCGCUCUGUGUCGGUUAGGUGGAGGGGGUUGGGUCCAUUCAGUCUCUUUCUCAGCCUCUGGGAACCGCCUGGCCUGGGUCAGCCACGACAGCACUGUCACUGUGGUGGACAGCUCAAAGACUGCCAGGUAUGUCCAAAGAAAACUCUUAGAGAGCUCAAUCAAAUCCAACCGAUGAGGCAUUCCUGCUUUACUCUGUGUGUUACUGCCACCUGUGGAGGGUUCCAGUUUAUCGAACUAGUCUGAGUUUCUCCGAACCAUCCCCACGUUCUGUCGCUCAAAAACAGACUCAGCUGAAGGCGGAGGGGUCCUGCCUCUGCAAGUCAACGACUUUGCAAAACUGCUCGCUACUGCCGCUCAGAUGGAGUGGAGAACCACGAGAAGAGUCUCUAAAAAAUGUGAUUAUUGGGCACACUGAACAUAAAGACAGUAAUCUGUGUUUCCUCUAGCUUUUCUACUUUGGCAGGGCAGGGGGGAGGAUGAUGUAUGUCUACGUCAUGCAGGGUGGAGGGAGAUGAGCCAGCGCUGUUUUCAGGGCUAGCACAAAUUGAUAGGACUACAAGAGACUGUGUGGCGUCCGCAUGACUACCGUCUUUUUUGCAGGAAUGUUCAGUUGCGGUGCUCAACGUUCAGGGACAGUUCGAUGCUCCAAGACCAGUUUUUUUUAAAUGGUUUUGUUGGCGGCAAACAUGAUGGAAAGAAGCCAGAGUCCCGGGUUGUCAAAACCAUCCUGCGCAAAACUGGCAGGGUAUGAGCGGCGAGCGCUCGCGACCAGAAUACCAGAAUCAGUGGUGCUGACAUGCCGCGCCUCUGAACUACGCGGCGCGGCAUGUCAGCACGCGUUUAUGUUGUGAGAUGGAGCGAGCGGAGAGGAACAGUUUGAACAGAUUGAAAGCUUUAGAGUCUGAAAUUGCACAAAUUAUAGUUUAAUAGGUCGUUCUGAUAAAAAUAAAAAUGUAUGUAUUAUUCUACAACUUCAAUUUCUGUGUUGGGAUCUCGUUGGCAGGGCGGGGCGCCGAAUACACUCAAGGGGAAACACUGGUGAUGGUCAGGACAACUGUGAAAUUCUGGUUCAGAUCAUUAAAACUGACAGGAGUGUUAAUCUCCUGAACCAUGAGGGAUGAGAUGGAGGGAUUAGUCUUUCAGAUUAACAGAGUUAUGAUAAGUGGGUGAAUGAGAUUCAAUAUUCUGAAUUAUCUGAAAUUUGAGUCCCACACAGUCAUGAUGAAAUAGAUCACAGAGGAACUUCUCCAGGUGUGUUUGGUGAUCUGGUCGUUGGUCUCUGAUCAUGUUCUCUCUGUGUGUGAGUGAGGUAAACAGCAGGCGAGUCGGCUCCAGAGCCACACUUACAUAAUAAUGAUACGCUGUUGUCAACAAAGUGCAGGUGACAUAAAUUGCAGAGGCAGUGAUAAAAACGAGCUCAGACUGGAAACCUGCACCGACAGCAGCUUUAAAAAAAAAAAACAGUUUUAAUCUUUGAGGUUUUGAUCGAACGACACAAACGUUCAAAUGUUCUCAGCAGGAUGACGUCUGACUGAUUUUUGUGUUUUCAGUCCUUCACAGCUGAAGACGGAGUUCCUCCCCCUCCUCAGCGUCAUUUUUGUUUCAGAGAACAGUCUAGUAGCUGCGGUAAGAAGACGCACGCACACACACACACACACACACAUACAGCGAGUGAUGGAUGUUAAUGGAAACGCCUCCGUCUGCGUCUUCAGGGCCACGACUGCUGCCCCAUGCUGUUCCGAUGCGACGAUGGUGGAACGCUGACAUUUGUGUCCAAGCUCGACCUCCCCAAGCAGAGCAUCCAGAGGAACAUCUCGGCUAUGGAGCGCUUCAGGAACAUGGACAAGAGAGCCACCACCGAGGACCGCAACACUGCCCUGGACACACUGCACCAGAACAGCAUCACGUAAGUCCCUCAGGAUCAGCGUACAUAAAAGUACCUUUUGAAAAGUUCAGAAAAGGGUUUUCACUGAACGUCACGUACUGCAGGAGCUCAUUUGAACCCAAGUCUGCCGUGAUCCAGAUUCAGUGUUUUUGCUGUCUGACUGUGGAGAGGAUAGGACAGUGGGUAGAGAGGGACACAGAGCGAGGGCGGGGAACGACGUGCCUCAGGCUGGAAGUGAAUCCAGGCCGACCGCUCCAGGCGUCACCUCUGUAUAUGGGACACACGCUCGUACCUCCAGGCCAGCAGCGCCCCCUGUCACAGUCUGACUCUGUACACAUAAUGAAGUUCAAGAACCUCACAUUGUAGUUUUCUGUUGUUGUUCCUCACUGGAUUUUAAGGCUGAAACUAACGACUAUUUUAAUCGUGUGAUUUUGAGUUUUUUCUUAAACUUCCUGUGAGGAACUUUUAACUCGAUUUGAAAAAAUCUCUCGUUUCUGCUGAUGUCUCCCCGUCACCUUUAACAGCGAAUGAGCCCAUCUGUGUGAAGAUAAGUUAUUUCCAAACGGGAGCGAGUGGUCGGGUCGGGACCACAAACGAAAUGUUUUACGGCACUCAGACCAGAGACAACACACGCAUUUUUUCUCUUUAUUCUGCACUAAAAAAAAAAACACACAUAUUACUGUCACUACACAAACGUCUUACAGCAGGAGACUCCUGCAGACACCGUGUCAUGCUAAAGCUGCAGAAGCUCCUCCACACCGGAGACAGACACAGACAGACAGACAGACAGACAGACAGACAGACAGACAGACAGACAGACAGUCCGUAGUAGCCGCCAAAAUCAACAGAAAAUAAAAACUCACCCCUUUCCCUCAAAACCCCGUCUUCUACUGGAUAUUCCUGUUACUGUGCUUAAAUAUCAAAUUCUGGAGCGAAAACAAAAGUAAAAAAAAAAGUGGGUGCUGUCAUUCAGGUUCUUGAAAUAUAUAAGACGUUGAGAAAUAAAAGUUUAGGAAGAAAAUAAGUUAAAUGAACUACUGUAGGUGAAGAGAAAUACAAAUGUAGACAAGUUGCUGGAAACUGAAAAAGUCCGUAAAAGAGGUAAGAAUUUAAAUUGUAUGAUUAUAAAACAUCACAGAAAUAUAUUUCAAAAAGAAAACAACUAGAAGGGGAGAGCGCUGAUUCAAAAUGUUGAGAGUUUCUGAAUGUAGUCCAGAAAAGGUCCCAAACCUUUUUGAAUUUUCUGUCAUGACCUGCAACCGAGGAACGAAUCUUCUCAAGGUCUAAACAACCAAACUUUAGAGGUUUUUAAGCGCGUACUCGUAUCUGCUGCCAUGUUUGAAUACCCUACCUCUCGGCAGAGACGCUGUUGCACAUGUGAGAUUAUAGUGAAGUAAGAUGCCUCACUUCACUGGAAAAAAACACGUCUGGCCACAAUAGUGGACGAUGGAAUAGAUUGUCGACUUUUCAUGAUCGAUUUUUGUCGACUAAUCGUCGCCGCCCUACUGACUUUCUUUCUUCAUGAGUUUUUCUGAAUGUCUGUGAGGAUCAGGAUGUUUCUUUCCCAUCACAGGUGACUGUGACUUUAAUAAUAACAAACACGACUUUGAACCCUUUUUAAAGUUUAUCAUAUGUCUUCUCUUCAGCCAAGUGUCUAUCUAUGAGGGAGACAAAAGGGAUUGUCGCAAGUUCUGCACCACAGGCAUCGACGGAGCAAUGACCAUUUGGGACUUUAAGGUACAGACGCACACAGACGCACACUGACACACACUGACACACACACCCAGACCCUCUUCGGAGGUCUCUCUCUCUUCAGCUCUGACUCCUCUGUGUGUGUCUGUGUUUCCUCCUCCAGAGUCUAGAAGCUUCUAUCCAGGGUCUCCGCAUCAUGUGAAGAAAUCUCGUGAAUGAAUGAAGAGACGCUGCGGCCUCACUUCUCCCCCCUCGCCCCGCCCCCUUCCCCGCCUCCCGACCCCGCCCCCCUCUGCUCCUGCGACGCAGCCAGUAACACACAUAACUGACCACCUUAUCGAGUGUCUGCUGAAGCACUGAUCAGACCAUAACGCACUCUCCGUGAGUGUGAGAAAACACUAUCAAACACACACACUAAAGUAAACAAACACGCACACACACACACACACACACACACACUCUGAGCUGACGUGUGACAUCACUGUUGAUUUUUUUUUCGUUUGUUUUUAAAUGAAGGUUAACCAGGUGUCAAAGUGAGAAGGUCCUCUGACACGUAUUAAAACGUGACGUGAAAUGUGUGUUUUUAUGUUCUCUAACCUCCUGUACCAAAAGUUCGACACUAAGAGGUGCGUUUUAUCCAAAAAUCAGCCUGUUUUUCCACACAGAUUAACCCCAACACCAUCUCUGGAUAUGAACGGUUAGAAGAUCGGAGGGUGUGAUGUUUUAUCCUUCAGGAUCCUGAUACUCAGAGCUGGUGUUGCUGGUUAGCUGUAGGGAGCCGUUCAGGAUCUGAUGGUGGAGAGAGAAAGCGGCUGUCUGAACUCUGUGCGGACAGAGUCACGGCAGCACUAGGCUCUGUAGCUACUUCACUAAAACCACACAAGAUGGAGGAUUUCUAUGUAACUGAUCAUGAGGUAGACAUGAAAUAAAGAUAAAAUACAUUUACAGUACUCAA